GCGACUGCCGGGAGCGCGCACGUCCUAGGGUUCCCGCGCAUUGCCCAUGCUGUGAUCGCGUGCACAUCCGCUAUCCGCUGCGAGGCAGCCGGUGGUCAACUCCAGUCCUGAGGAGCCGGACCCAUGUGGAAGCUCCUUCCCGCUGCGGGCCCGGUCCGAGGAGAACCAUGCAGACUUUUGACUGGUAUUGAGUACAUUGUUGGAAGGAAAAACUGUGCCAUUUUAAUUGAAGAGGAUCAGUCAAUCAGUCGAAAUCAUGCUGUGUUAACAGCUAACUUUUCUCUAACCAAUCUGAGUCAAAUAAAUGAAAUCCCUACAUUAACGAUAAAAGAUAAUUCUAAGUAUGGUACCUUUGUUAAUGAGGAAAAAAUGCAGAAUGGCCUUUCUCAAACUUUGAAGACAGGAGAUAGGGUUACCUUUGGAGUAUUUGAAAGUAAAUUCAGAGUAGAAUAUGAGCCUUUGGUUGCAUGCUCUUCUUGUUUAGAUGUCUCUGGGAAAACUGCUUUAAAUCAAGCUAUAUUGCAACUUGGAGGACUUACUGUAAACAACUGGACAGAAGAAUGUACUCACCUUGUUAUGAUGUCAGUUAAAGUUACCAUUAAAACAAUAUGUGCACUCAUCUGUGGACGUCCAAUUGUAAAGCCAGAAUAUUUUACUGAAUUUCUGAAAGCAGUUCAGUCCAAGAAACAGCCUCCACAAAUUGAAAGUUUUUACCCACCUAUUGAUGAACCAACUAUUGGAAGUAAAAAUAUUGAUCUAUCAGAACGACAGGAGAGAAAACAAAUCUUCAAAGGGAAAACAUUUAUAUUUCUAAAUGCCAAACAGCAUAAGAAAUUAAGUUCAGCAGUCAUUUUUGGAGGUGGAGAAGCUAGGUUGAUAACAGAAGAAAAUGAAGAAGAAGAUAGUUUCUUUUCAGCUCCUGGAAUUUGUGUUGUUGAUAUAGGAAUAACGAAUACACAGAUAUUAAUUCCUGAUUCUCAGAAAAAAUGGGUCCAUUCAAUUAUGGAUGUGCUCCAAAGGCAAGGUCUUAGACCUAUUCCUGAAGCAGAAAUUGGAUUGGCAGUUAUUUUCAUGACUACAGAAAAUUACUGUGAUCCUCGGGGCCAACCCAAUACAGGAUUAAAGACAACGACUCCGGGACCCAGCCUUUCACAAGGUUUGUCAGUCAAUAAAAAACUAAUGCCAGUGGCUUCAGUGAAUACUACAGCAUAUGUAGCUGACACAGAAUCAGAGCAAGCAGAUACAUGUAUGUUUUUGAAUGAAAGGCCAAAAGAAAUAAGUAUCUCCAAGAUGGAACAAGAAGUCAGAAUGCUUUCACAAGAAACAUUCACUGUACAGGAACCUUCCAAAACAAGCUCCAAUAAUAACAAUAUAGUAUUAAACACUUUGGUUAGGACAAAAGUCCCAAACUAUCAGCUUUCACCAACCAAAUUCCUAGGUGUAAAUAAAAGUAGAGAUUGGUCUUCUCAACAGCAGCAGACAAACUCCAUCAAAAACUACUUUCAACCAUGUGCCAAAAAAAGGGAAAGAGAUGAAGAAAAUCAAGAAAUGUCUUCAUCCAAAUCAGCAAGAAUAGAAAUGUCUUGUUCUCUUUUAGAACAAACACAACCUGCUACACUCUCACUAUGGAAAAAUGAGGCGGAGAAUCUAUCUCAGAAUGAGCUUGUGGACAAAAAAUCAAAUAACUUAUUUACAGAUGAUGAAGAUUUAGAAUCCAGUGUGAAAAAUUCUUCUGAUAAAUCUCUUUCUACAGAAAACCUUAGAUCAAUUAAAAAAAGAAAAGAAAUUGAUGAUUUGGCCAUAGAAGAUGAAAUAUCAAAACAGUUAUUCAAGAGCAUGAAACCAGAGUUAGAAAGUGAAGUAAAAGUUGAAAAACAAGAGGAAGAGUUCAAUAUAAGAAAGAAGUUAAGGAUGGAUAUAGAAACAAAUAAUAAUUUUAAUAAUGAAACAAUACCAGAAAGCAGCAAAAUAUCUCAAGAAAACAAAAUGGGGAAGAAAUGUGAGCUCAAAGAAUCACUAUGGUCAACUAAAGAAGAGGUAUCUAACAGUGAUGACCUUCAGGACAAUAGUGAGAUGCUUCCAAGAAAGGUGUUACUGACUGAAUUUAGAUCAUUGGUGGUUAAUAAUUCCACUUGCAGAGAUCCAUGUGUGGUAAAUUAUGAUUAUGGUCAAAUAAAGAAUUUCAAGAAAUUCAAGAAGGUCAUAUUUCCUGGAGCAGGAAAGCUUCCACACAUCAUUGGAGGAUCAGAUCUGAUAGCUCACCAUGCUCGAAAGAAUACAGAAUUAGAAGAGUGGCUUAAGCAGGAAAUGGAGGUACAAAAACAACAAGCAAAAGAAGACUCUCUGGCUGAUGAUCUCUUUAGAUAUAAUCCUAAUGUAAAAAGGAGAAGAUAAUUGAGAACUUUAAAGGGAAGCUGUGGAAACAGAUUUCCUAACAAGCAUUUACUUCAUGCUAACAGGGAUGUCUCAAUGGUGUAUAGCAGAGAUUUAAGUCCCAAGUACUCCAUGUCCUAAAUUUAUUAAAUAAAGUGCCCAAAACUCCA